CUCACUACUCAACACUCCUCGACAUUCCACAAAUUCCCCACCAACGAUUAAUUCGCUUGGAAGACUGAUUCACCAUGUCCAAAAUCACAGUCGCCGGAGUGCGUGGAAACGUAAAGGAGCUAUUGGAGUACUCCACAAAUGAGAAGAAGCGGAACUUCCUCGAGACCGUCGAGCUCCAAAUUGGACUCAAGAACUAUGACCCCAUGCUUGCCCCAGGUUCCCCGGCCAAACAUGUCUAUCUGUAUCCUUGGAGACCAGCACGACAUCGAUCGCGCCAAGCACCACAACUUUGA